AUGGCAUCGUCAAGCCCCAAAGACCGCAUCAAUCGUGCUCUCAUCGGGACUCUCACCUUCCCCAACUCACUGCUGCGCUACGCGGCUACUGAACCCCUCCUUACAGGAUCUCUACUAUUUGCUCUCACCCGAGCACCCCUUCAAUACCGUUCGCGUCUAGUGAGGCUGCUGCAGGAGAAAGGGCUCUCCAACGAUCGUUUUGCCGUACUCAUCAAAACACUCAAAGUCUUGCUCGCCGUUGGUGUGGCCAAACGCCUCAAUCAGGGACUUACGAAGCUUGCGCUGAAUCAUUGGCACCUCAGGAAGCCAGGCACGCCAUAUCAGUUCGGCGACCUUGAAAAGAGCGAGCUCGUUGUCAUCACGGGCGGGUGUAGCGGCUUCGGAUAUGAAAUGGUCAAGAGCUUCUCGAGGCACGCUCGUGUGGUCAUCCUGGAUAUUUCCCCCAUGCCGGAGGAACUGGAGAGGAUCCCCGGUGUGUCCUACUAUCACGUCGACCUCACAGAUUUCCUUGCAAUCGAGACCACAGCAGAAUUGAUCCGCAAGGAACACGGCAACCCCAGCGUCCUAAUCAACAAUGCCGGAGUCGCAAACGGCACAAGACUGAUCAACAGCUCUGCCAAACUCACGGAACGCAUCUUCAAAGUCAAUCUGGCUUCGCACUUUGUCCUGAUCAAGGAGUUCCUUCCCGGCAUGCUGGACGCGCGAAAGGGUCAUAUCGUGACCAUGGCGUCCAUGGCGAGUUUCAUGUCCCAGCCCGGCCUUGUUGACUAUUGUUGUUCCAAAGUCGGGGCGCUGUAUCUUCACGAAGGUCUCCGUGCCGAACUCCGAUCGAUGUAUCCCAACGGGACAUGCAUCCAAACGACCUGUGUCCACCCAUCAUGGCAUUCAACCGGGAUCGUCAAACCAUACGAGUCCGAACUCGCCCGAGCCGGCGUCCGAUUCGACCCAGCAUCGAAUGUCAGCGAUGCCGUCGUCGAGCAGGUCCUUGCGGCGCGCAGUGGGCAGAUCUUCAUGCCUCGAAGCGAGGAAGGCAAUACUAUGUUCCGCAAGAGGCCGAUUUGGGUACAAGAUGCUAUGCUGUAUCUGGUGAAAAAGAGGACGGGGUUGGUGUUUUGA